AUGGCGCCCGCACCACCCCCACAAACAAGCGCCUCAAGCCUCCUCAACCCACCUGCAUCCAUCACAACACUCCUCCCCCUCACCGUCGCCAAAGCCAUCGAAACCGCCUCCGCCACCAGAAUCCCCUCUAUCGAAAUCCUCCCUCCAAAAUCCACUUCCGCCCCCAAAAGCAUCCCCAUCUCCACAUUCUCCACCUCCAUCAUAUCCAAAACCAGUUCUACCAUCUCUAGCACCGCCACCGCAUCAGCAACAUCUACCGCCGAUAAAGGAGUAUUUACUCGUCCUUCUGGGAGUCUUACUGCGAUCAUCACGUAUGCGGAAGAGGAAGGAGAGGAAGGAGUUGGAGAGGGAGAGGGGGAUUUGGAGCGCGAGAGGGUGAGACAGAUGAGGGAGAGGGAGGCGAUUGAGAUGGCGGGAAGGAUGAGGGAGAGGAGUAGGGAGAGGAUGAGGGAGGAUGGCUGGGAGGAUGGCUGGGAGGAUGUGCUUUUGCAUGGGAGACAUAAGGAAACCUCAGAGUAUAGGAGUUUAUUGGUAGGUAAGAAAGAAGAGGAGGGAACCGUUAUUGCUAAAGACCCGAGAUUGCUUCGAGUUGUAUUGAUGCGAUAUGAAUUGUUUGAUGUGAACGCAACAUGUUCAAAUUUUGACAUUUAA